CCGAGGCGAGCCUGUUAUCUCCUCGCCGCGCUUAACCUCUCGCGGCGUUUGAGGGAAGACUCCGCCCCUCCUGGGCACUUGCCCCCUCGCGCCCCCCCCUCCCUGGCCGCCGCCGCCGCCGCCUUUCUCGGGAGGGAGUGACAUGGAGCCGGCCGGGCCAGAGCGCCUUUUCCAGCACUUAAUUGAACCACUGAAUGACAGAACAGACAAGAAGUUCUACAAUGUUGCUAAACUGGGAGGCACCAAAUACGAUAUCCUGCCUUACUCCAUACGGGUACUGUUGGAAGCUGCUGUCCGCAACUGUGAUGGCUUCCUAGUGAAAAAAGAAGAUGCUAUGAACAUUUUGGACUGGAAAGAAAAACAGAACAAUGUUGAAGUGCCCUUCUGUCCUGCCAGAGUCCUUCUCCAAGACUUUACUGGAAUUCCUGCAAUAGUGGAUUUUGCUGCUAUGAGGGAAGCUGUGAAAAAUCUUGGAGGGGAUCCUACAAAAGUUCAUCCUGCCUGCCCAACAGAUCUCACUGUGGACCAUUCUUUGCAGAUUGACUUCAGUAAAUGUGCAAUACAGAACACUCCCAAUCCUGGAGGUGGUGAUCCCCAGAGGCCACCACCAAAACUUUCUCCACUUAAAGCUCCUCGGAAGCUACCGUGCAGGGGCCAGUCCAGCUGCAGAGGGCCAUGUGAUGGAGAGUCUGGUCGUAAUUCGGGGCCACUUUCUGUGCAGAUUGAGAACACGCCUCCGCUGUGUCCUUUUCAUCUUCAACCAGUGCCUGAGCCGGAAACAGUGUUAAAAAACCAGGAGAUGGAAUUUGGCAGAAAUAGAGAGAGACUUCAGUUUUUCAAGUGGGGUUCCAAAGUUUUCAGGAAUGUCUCAGUAAUUCCUCCUGGAACAGGACUGGCCCACCAAGUGAACCUGGAGUACUUGUCAAGAGUAGUAUUUGAUGUUAAAGACUUCCUCUAUCCAGAUAGCGUUGUUGGCACUGAUUCCCAUACAACAAUGGUGAACGGCUUGGGAAUCUUGGGAUGGGGUGUGGGUGGAAUUGAAACCGAAGCCGUCAUGCUUGGCUUGCCAGUCGCCCUCACCCUGCCUGAGGUGGUUGGGUGUCAACUGACAGGCUCCGCCAGCCCGCUUGCCACAUCAAUCGAUGUGGUCCUGAGCAUUACAAAGCAACUUAGGCAAGCAGGCGUGUCUGGAAAAUUUGUGGAGUUCUUUGGGCCUGGAGUUUCCCAGCUCUCAAUAGGUGACCGGACCACAAUAGCAAAUAUGUGUCCAGAAUAUGGUGCUAUCCUGAGCUUUUUCCCUAUCGAUAAUGUGACAUUGAAGCACUUAAAACACACUGGCUUUGAUGAGACCAGGCUUAAGUUGAUGGAAACAUAUCUUAAAACUGUGAAACUACUUCGAAGUUAUGAACUUUCCACAGAAGAACCUGAAUAUUCCCAGGUUAUAUGCAUAAAUCUGGGUUCAAUAAUGCCCUAUGUAAGUGGUCCCAAAAGGGCACAGGACAGAGUGGCUGUUACAAAUAUGAAGAGUGAUUUCCAGGCCUGCUUAAAUGAAAAGGCUGGCUUUAAAGGCUUUCAGAUUCCAGCUGAAAGGCAAAGGGAUGUGGUUCCUGUGGAGUAUGAAGGAAAUGAGUACAAGCUGGCUCAUGGAUCAGUCGUCAUUGCUGCAGUAAUCAGCUGUACAAACAACUGCAACCCCUCUGUAAUGCUAGGAGCAGGUCUGUUGGCCAAAAAAGCCAUUGAAGCUGGUCUGACUGUUAAACCCUACAUAAGAACCAGCUUAUCUCCUGGCAGCGGAAUGGUCACGCACUAUCUCACUUCCAGUGGUGUAUUGCCAUACCUCAAUAAACUUGGAUUUGAGGUUGUUGGCUAUGGAUGUUCCACAUGUGUUGGGAAUACCGCUCCUUUGCCAGAAACCAUUCAGAAUGCAAUUGUGCAGGGUGACUUGGUUGCUUGUGGAGUUUUGUCUGGAAAUAAAAACUUCGAAGGCCGUCUCUGCAGCUGCAUCUGUGCCAAUUACCUUGCUUCCCCGCCUCUAGUUGUGGCUUAUGCUAUAGCAGGAACUGUGAAUAUUGAUUUCCAGACUGAGCCAUUAGGGGUCAGUCCUGAUGGCAAAAGAAUCUUCUUGCAUGAUAUUUGGCCCACUCGAGAAGAACUUCAGCAAGUGGAAGAAGAGUUCGUAAUAUCAUCCAUGUUUAAAGAGCUGAAGGGGAAAAUGGAGAAAGGAAAUAAGCGGUGGAAUUCUCUAGAAGCGCCUGAAUCAGUCUUAUUUACGUGGGAUUGGAAGUCUACUUACAUCCGAUGUCCUUCCUUUUUUGAUAAGCUUACCAAAGACCCUCUUCCACCCCAGUGUAUUGAAAAUGCGCACGUCUUGUUGUAUUUGGGGGAUUCGGUCACGACAGAUCACAUCUCACCUGCAGGAAGCAUUGCGAGGGGCAGCGCUGCUGCCAGAUACUUAACCAACAAGGGCCUCACGCCCCGUGAAUUCAAUUCUUAUGGUGCUCGGCGGGGAAACGAUGCAGUGAUGACAAGAGGCACCUUUGCAAACAUAAAACUUUUCAAUAAAUUCAUUGGGAAACCUGCUCCUAAAACAAUUCACUUUCCAACUGGACAGACGCUAGAUGUAUUUGAUGCGGCUGAGUUGUAUCGCAAAGAGAAUAUCCCUCUGAUAAUCUUAGCAGGCAAGAAGUAUGGACUGGGGAGCUCGAGAGACUGGGCUGCAAAAGGACCUUUUUUACUGGGUGUGAAAGCAGUUAUUGCUGAAAGCUAUGAGAAGAUCCAUAAAAGUCAUUUGAUUGGAAUGGGCAUUGCUCCGCUCCAGUUCCUCCCCGAGGAAAACGCAACGUUUUGGGGCCUGACAGGCAAAGAACAGUUUUCAAUCUCAUUUCCUCAUGAGUUGUCCCCUGGAAUCUCCCUAGAUGUAAAGACAAACACAGGGAAAGUAUUUCAUGUGGUUGCCGCAUUUGACAGUGACAUGGACAUAACGUUAUACAAACAUGGUGGCAUUCUGAACUACAUGGUCCGAAGGCUGUUGUAGAGGCCUGCUCACACCUUGGGGGACUAUGCAUCAAUGGGCCAACCCCGCAAUGGCUUGCACAGGCCUCACUCCAUCGAUGGAACUGCGUACAGUCCUGCUGCACUCUGAAAUUUCGUCCAUGGAUGUAAAAGAUUGUGAAUUGUUGUAGUGACUGCAGCAAGAUCCGUCUGGAUUUUAAAAAUAAUACUCGAAUGGUGCUAUUGACAUUGCUUAAAAAAUUGACGUGUGUGUUGUGAAAGAGAGCUGUAAGUAUGGGGAUGGGCGGGAGGGGGUUGUCUUAG